AUGACACAGCCAGCAUCAAAAAAAGUCGCACCAAGCCCCUUCGCCAGCAGAAAAGCAGCUAAAAGCACUUCAAAGAAGAAUCCUUUGGUCGAAUCCCACCCUAAGAACUUUGGAAUAGGUCAGGGAUUGCAGCCAAAGAGAAACGUUUCCAGAUACGUCAAAUGGCCUGAAUAUGUCAGAUUGCAAAGACAGAAGAAGGUGUUGUCUUUAAGAUUGAAAGUUCCUCCUUCGAUUGCACAGUUCUCGAAUGUUUUGGACAGAAACACUGCUGCCGAAACUUUCAAGCUUUUGAAUAACUACAGACCUGAAACCAAGGCUGAAAAGAAGGAGAGGUUGACCAAAGAGGCAGCAGCAAUUGCUGAAGGUAAGAAGAGAGAGGAUGUCUCAGAAAAGCCAUUUGUUGUCAAGUAUGGUUUGAACCACGUUGUUUCUCUUAUUGAAAACAAGAAGCCAAAGCUUGUCCUCAUUGCCAAUGAUGUUGAUCCAAUUGAAUUGGUCGUUUAUCUACCUGGCUUAUGCAGAAAGAUGGGUGUUCCAUACGCCAUUGUCAAGGGAAAGGCCAGAUUGGGAACUCUUAUCCACCAAAAGACCUCGACAGUUGCCGCUUUGGUCGAUGUCAAGCCUGAAGAUGAGCCUACAUUGGCCAAACUCGUCUCCACGAUUAAUCCUCAAUUUAUUGAUGUGUAUGAUAACAAUAAGAGACAUUGGGGAGGAGGUGUUUUGGGCUCUAAGCACAAUGAGAGAUUUGCCAAGAAGGCUAAAGCUGCUGCAAGAGAGGCCGCUGCUAAUAAGGAGUAA